CCACGGCCCUCCCUUUUCCUUGGCGCCGUGAUGGCUGCUCCCUUGACCCUGGGUGCUGCUACACUAGGCGAGGAGGACGAUGACUGCAAUCGCCCCGGAACUGGGGCUGUCAGUAACGAAGACAGGAAGGAUUGCAUCCUGGAGCCACUGUCCCUGCCGGAGCACCCAGGUGGCUCCCCCACGCUAGGGGAGCCUCCGUCUGUGCCUUGUGCUUUCUGCGAGGAGCACUUUCCUGCAGCGGAGCAAGACCAGCUUCUGAAGCACAUGGUUAUUGAGCAUAAGAUGGUCAUAGCGGAUGUCAAAUUGGUUGCCGACUUCCCAAGGUACAUUUUAUACUGGCGGAAAAGGUUCAGCGAGCAGCCCAUCACGGAUUUUUGUAGUGUGAUAAGAAUCAAUUCCACAGCCCCGCUUGAAGAGCAGGACAAUUACUUUUUGCUGUGUGACGUUUUACCAGAAGACAGAGUACUUAGGGAAGAGCUUCAGAAGCAGAAACUGAAGGGGAUCCUGGAGCAGCAGCAGCGGGAGCGAAGCGAUGACAGUUUCCGUGGCGUCUGCAUGUUUUGCAGUGAGGAGUUCCUCGGGAACAGAUCUGUCCUGCUGAACCACAUGUCCAGAGAACACGCUUUCAACAUCGGACUGCCCGACAACAUUGUCAACUGCAGCGAGUUUCUACGUACGUUACAGGAGAAGCUUGACAACCUGCAGUGCCUGUACUGCGAGAAGGUCUUCCGGGACAGGAACGCCCUGCGAGACCACAUGAGGAAGAGGCGGCAUCGGAGGGUCAACCCGAAGAACCGGGAGUACGACCGCUUCUACGUCAUCAACUACUUGGAACUUGGAAAAUCCUGGGAAGAAGUUCAGUCGGAAGACGAUCGGGAGCUGCUGGACCAUCAGGAAGAGGACUGGUCUGACUGGGAGGAACACCCCGUCUCGGCUGUCUGUCUGUUUUGUGAAAAGCAAGCAGAAACCAUCGAGAAAUUAUGUGUCCACAUGAAGGACACGCACGAGUUCGAUCUCCUCAAGAUCAAGUCAGAACUUGGGUUAAAUUUCUAUCAGCAAGUGAAGCUGGUCAACUUCAUUCGAAGGCAGGUCCACCAGGGUCGCUGUUACGGCUGCCACACGAGGUUCCCCUCCAGAGCCGACCUGCGGGCCCACAUGGAGGCGGCGAGGCACGCCGCCCUGCUUCCGGACGUGGCGACGUGGGACCAGCCGGAGUACUACUUUCCCACCUAUGAAAAUGACAGUCUGCUGUGCACACUGUCCGACAGUGACAGCGACCUGCAGGCCCCAGAGCAGAAGGGAAGCAUCCCCGUCAUCAGUGAGGACACGUGCAGACUGCAGGCCCUGAGACAGAGCAGUGUCCUGAACCAGCUGCUGCUCCCUGGGGGCGUGAAGGGCCAGAGGGAGCCGCCGGGCGGGCCCCCGGGUCUUCUCACAGAAGAUACUCGGGAAGGGGCGGUACAGGUGUGACCACCAGCACAGGAGCAGUCCUUGGCGAAAUACACUUUAAAAAAUAAAGUUUGGUUUGUUUU